AUGGUUGCGACCUUCUCGCCGCACCGGGACUCGGGCGGCACUCUGCACCUCUCAACUCACUCGGGCAUUCACCACGUCGAUGCAAGCUCUGCCAUUCGACAACUCCGGCGCUCGUUGUCGCGUUCGCCGUCCAAGAGCUCCAACUUUUUCUUUCACUCCCGCCCUCAGUCUCCCUCCAAAACCACCACCCCAUACGUUUCCUCUCCGCUGUCGCCCUCGAGGCGAUCGCAAAACAACUUUGUGCUCUUUCCGUCUCCAAACCAACAGUCUCCUCUAGCAGUCCCUUAUCCUCCGAGCGCGAAAAUCACGCGACCGGCCAUGCGACGACGCACGUCGCCGCGUAGCCCCGCCAAACGCGUCUUGGCCGUGUCAACAGACGGCGGCAACGCGACCCCCGCUCACCCCACGGUGAUGGCCACUGGCGAAGAGAAUGCGCUAACUCUGGAUGAUUUGGCGGGUCCAACUGAGAGCACCACGCCUACCAGCCCCUGUGGUAACAACAGUCCCACGGCCCCUCUAGGCGAGAACCUCGCCCCCCGAUCCACGCUGUCACGCAUCGAAAAGCGGCGCAGUGGCACUUUCGGCACUUUCGCGACUGUGAGCCCCCUCAAGCGAAGCGACGGGAUUAUGAAUCUCGAUCAGGCAUCGCGGGGGAGCCCCGAACCCACGAGUCCAACCGCAACAGACUCACCUGUGAAUGCUCCUCCUAUCAACCCUUUCAGUCCAUUCGCAACUAUUCCCAAGCGCUCCUCCUCUCUCCGUCGGUCCACCUUGCAGCAGCGCCAAAGUGACCGUCCCUUAUUUGGCCGCCCCAAGGUUGCAGGCGAGAGUGAGACGCCUCCAGGAACCCCAUUGGCAGUCCGCCCUCGCUUGUCCUUUGAUAGCAGUCUCUUCCAGAGUGGUGAGGACAACCUUUUCACCCCUCGACCGGCUCCAUCAAGCCCUCUCUUCUCCAAUACUCCCACCUUCUCUCCCACUCCCAACAACACCAACUCGCCCGCUGCUACAACUACCAACACGACUGCCACUGCCUCUGUCAUACCUCCUGCUCAACCUUCACUUCGACCUGCUGCUCACCCCCUCUCUCGUACCAUCACCCAAUCCUCCUCGGGAUCUAGUCUGGAUGAUUCGCCUACUCAUGAGCCUGUACACAAGGCUGAGCGCCCUCGACCAAUCUUCAACUUCUCCAAGUCCCUCCCAGCUGGUGCUACACGCCCAAGCAUUAUUCGACGUGCCACCCGUGAAGAAACCAAUCAAACUGGAGAGUCAUUCGCUACCCCAGAGAAUUACAAGCUUGUGAAGCCACUUCCUGCGGCUUUCAUGUCCACGGGUUUGAUUUCAAAGAAAAAUCGCAAUGCAGAGGAGCCAGCUGGUUUUAAUAAGAACAUGCCCGACACUCCAUGCAAGCGCCCUGUGAACAUAUUCACGAAUGAUUCCUUCAACAAGUCGCGUCCUUUCCAUGAACCUGAGACCUUCCCUCAGUCCCCUUUCAACCCUCCCACAUCAACUGUGCGUCCAAAGGCUGGCCCUUUUGCUCGAGGCAUGGGCAUCUUUGGCAAUUCAUUUAACCGCCCCGAGCCAUCGCGCCGGGGAAGCUUUGUGAGUGUUGAUGGUGAUGACUUUCAGUCUCAAUCACCCUCAUCCCGCCACGACAGCCAGCCUUUAGCCGACUCCGACUUUCCUCCUACUCCUACCAAACAGCCUUUCAUUCCUUCUCGCGCCUUUCCGGCUUCUUCUGCUCAAAAUCCGUCCCUGGAACGACUGUCGGACAGUAAGGGCUCUGCCUUCUCUACUCCUCUCCGUGAGCGGUUCCUGCAAGCUUCUCCUCACACUCCUCGCGACCAGUACUUUCCCCCUGAUCCUAGUGGUCUGUCCAUUUCUGUUCCACAUGACCAGCAGUCGCUUCCAGCCGAAAAUGGAAGCAACCUUCCUGCGACCCCAACUGGACCACGGGAUUCCUUCGUCUCCAGCAAGCGCCCAAGCCUCCAGUUGAGUGGCUUCCACACACCUGAUGUCGACCCGUGUAUCACGGCCCGCUUUGAGAAGGUCGAGCUUGUUGGAACUGGAGAGUUCUCCCAGGUCUACAAAGUAUCUCAGCCUCAUGGUACCUCCACGCCAUCCAUCUUCUCUCUCCCAUCGCAAGAGCCCAAGUCACAAGCUUUGGCGCACCAAGUAUACGCAGUCAAGAAGAGCAAGCAGCCAUACUUGGGACUCAAAGACCGGGAGCGUCGCAUUCGAGAAGUUGAUGUGCUAAAGACCUUGGUGCAUUCAGACCAUGUCGUCUCUUUCAUGGAUAGCUGGGAGAACAAUGGCCACUUGUACAUCCAAACAGAGUACUGCGAGGAGGGCAGCUUGGAUGUCUUCUUAGCUCAGGCCGGUCUCAAGGCUCGGCUUGAUGAUUUCCGUAUCUGGAAGAUCCUGCUAGAGUUGGCCCUGGGUCUUAAGCAAAUUCAUGACCAAGGUUUCAUCCAUUUGGAUCUGAAGCCUGCCAAUGUCUUGGUGACCUUCGAGGGCGUUUUGAAGAUUGGCGAUUUCGGCAUGGCUACCCGCUGGCCUGCCGAGGAUGGUAUCGAAGGGGAAGGUGAUCGCGAAUACAUCGGCCCGGAGAUCCUUAUGGGUCGUUUCGACAAACCAGCCGACAUCUUCUCCCUGGGAUUGAUCAUCUUUGAAAUCGCAGGCAACGUGGAGCUUCCCGACAACGGUGCGUCUUGGCAGAAGCUCCGGAAUGGGGACAUGAGUGAUGUUCCCAGUUUGACCUGGAGCUCUGCAACAAGCUGCUACCGCGAUGCGUCUGGUAACCCAGUCUCUGACGAGCCGUCUUUCGAGAUUCUCUGCUCCUCCGAUCUGGCUGGUGACUCCUUCGGUGACGACUUCAACGCCAGACAGGAGAGUCGUAAAGCACACCCUCCUGCACGCAGUGGCGAGCUUGUCGACCCUCCCAGCUUCAUGGUGGAUUCCCUCCACUCCCAGGCCUUGGACAAGAUUGUCCGCUGGAUGAUCUCUCCUGAUCCUCGUGACCGACCUACUGCUGACCAGCUCUUGGCUACCUAUGGAGUCCAGUUCGUCAAUCAUCGUCGUCGUGCUGGGGCUACAGUCUUUGAAGGCAACUGGGGCCCCGCCGAUGAAAUCCUGGCUGAAGACGCCGAAAUGAUCGACGUGUAA